AUGACCAAAUCAAGCGCCCUGGCUCGAUGGCAGCAGUUCCACGCCAAUCACCCCGGCGUCGACUUCGUCUGGGUGCUGUUCACCACGUACAUCGGCACCAAUCUAGUCCGCGUCGUCCCUCGACCGGCGUUCGAGCGCCUGCUGGAGACCAACCAAGGCAUCUCCGUCCCCAGCGUCAUCCUCCACCUUCUGCCUCGCGAUAACAUCGCCGACGGAGGCACCCUGACCGGCUCGUUUCGUCUCCAACCCGAUCUGCGAUCCCUGUCGCCCUCCCUGCAUCCCAACAAGGCCGUCGUCAUGGCCUCAUGGACCGAUCGCGGAAAGACUCCCCUGGACGAAUGCGCUCGCACAAAGCUCGACGCACUAGCCCACUCCAUCGAGCAGAAAUCCAACUGCUCGCUCCUCGUCGGCUUCGAGCUGGAAUUCACCCUCCUCCGGCAGCGCACCCUGCCCGACGGACGAGUCACCUACGAGCCCGCCAACACCGACCACGCCUGGUGCAGCAUGACCCGCGACGACGAGCUCCUCCUCGGCCUCCUGGAAGAAGCCGUCCUGGCGCUGCAGUCCCUCGGCAUCAUGGUGCAGCAGUUCCACGCCGAACUCGCCCCGGGGCAGUGGGAGUUCGUCCUGCCGCCAACCUCGCCCCUCCGCGCCGUCGACGCCCUCGUCCUCGCUCGUCAGACGGUCAUGAAACUCGCAAUCAAGCACGGCUACCGCGCCACUCUGCAUCCGCGGUUAUCGCCCACCCAGCCCGGCACGGGAGCCCACGUUCACAUUUCGCUCAACUCCGCGUCCGGGGCUGCGGACGCCUCGACCGCGCAGUCGUUCUUCGCCGGCAUCCUGGACCAUUUCCCCGCUCUCUCUGCGUUCACGCUACCCCAGGAGAUCAGCUACGGUCGGGUCGCGGGGGGCAUCUCGAGCGGGGGUGAGUAUGUGUGCUGGGGGUGGGAGAACCGGGAGACGAUCCUGCGGCGGAUCGCGAGCGAGCGGUUCGAAGUCAAGAUGAUGGACGGGCUGGCGAAUCCGUACCUGGGGUUGUGUGCGUUGCUGGGCGCGGGGGUGGACGGGGUGCGUCGAGGCUUGGUUCUGAGCGCAGGUCCUUGUCUCGGCGAGCCUGGGAGGAUGUCAGAGCAGGAGCGGGCAGAAUUGGGCAUCACGACGAAGAUGCCGGCUGGGCUGGUCGAGAGUCUGGAGUGUUUGGAGGCGGAUGAAGGGCUAAGGGAGGUGCUGGGGGAUGCGCUGGUGUCGACGUAUCUUGCCGUGAAGAGAGGCGAGAUGAAGGUUGUGCAGCAGAUGGGGCCUGAAGAGCAGCGGGUGUGGUUUAUUUCGCGGUAUUGA